AAAAAAAACUCUCCCUUCUCAAAUCAUCAAUAUUAUUUCAAUUCAAGAUCAUGGAUAAAAAUAGUGCCUACUCUUCCUCCGAAGAAAAUUCCAAUUGCAAUAAAAAGCUAAAGCUAUUCGGAGUCGAGCUCGAUCAAUCUGAUCACGAUGCCAACAACAACAUCAACAACAAAGGGUGGUUAGAGCGCGACGAGAGCGUCAACUCGUCAGGGUCCUCCACGGUGACCGACAAAGCGGGCCCCACCGAGGCGGAGGACAGGAAGUUCGAGUGCCAAUACUGCUUGAAGGUGUUUGCAAACUCGCAAGCUUUAGGAGGGCACCAAAAUGCACACAAGAAGGAAAGGCUGAGGAAAAAGAGGCUGCAGCUUCAAGCAAGAAAGGCCAGCAUCAAUUGCUACAUUCAACCUUUUUACUACAACAACAGCAACAAUCAAAAUAGUAAUAACCAUUCUUUGGAUUAUUAUGGAUCUAAAUCUGCAUGGUUUUAUGAUCCAUCAUCCCAUCCUCCUGAAUUUUCGGCUUACGAGGAUCAGCAGCCGCAGAUCAGCUUUAGUGGUCCCGAGAUCUCAAGGUCAUGGGCCGGGGUUGACCAUGUUUCACUUCAUCAAGACACGCGUGCGUUUAGUCUCACGCAUGCUUCAACGGAUCAUCACAAGCCGAGGCCCCUCAUAAUCAACAAGGGUUCAUCCUUGCCUAAUUCAAUCAAGAAUUGUACCAGGAAGAAUUUGGAUCUUCAAUUAGGGUUGAGUUUGCAGUCUACAAUUUGAAUUUAUACGUUACUUUCAUUCUAUAUCUACAUAUAUAGGGAUAGGGCCUCAUUUUUCUUCAAAAUUUAUCUUUUAAGUUAGGGUUUGCAACUGUGUAGCUCUUUAAUUUGAAGAGGAAUAUGAUAAAUCAAUGAAAAAGAUGCAUCGUUGCUUA